UUUCUACUUCUAUGUCAGUUACUGGCUGCUGUCUUCUAGCUUUUGGUUGUGUGUUUCUUCUCUAAUUGGAUUCACCCAAAAUGGGGUAAUCAAUAUAGUCAUAGAAAGUGGUGGCAACGAUUGGUGGCUUGCUGUAGCCUUUUCUUCAGUAUUGAUUUGAGGGGGUUUCAGCUCCAUGGUGAAGCUGGCGCAGUUUUACCAUAUAUAGAUAUUUGCCUCGAGCUCUUUCUUUCCAUUGAUAAUCUUUGUUAAUACCAGAACAUAUCAAAUAGAAAGGAUGAAGAUAUUUUCCUCUUCUAUUUCCUCUUUGAAGGAUUGAGCUUACGUAGUAAAAAUUUCGGAUUUGUACUACUACUGUUCCAUGUACAAUCAUUAUUACAACUGCUACUAUUUUCACUGUUUAAGCAGCUACAUUUAUUGAUGUCACAUUUAACUGGCAAUGAAAUGCAAUUUUUAUUUUUUUUAUUGGGGGGAAGAACAGAUUGAUUAAAAAAAAGGUAAAACCCAACAUUUCUGAUACUCACCAGUAGCACAUUCAGUUCCCUAUUGGAAUUUAUCAAGGGAGAAUAGCCAGCUUGGUGUGUUUUUGUUUCUUUCUUGGAUUCUUAAAAUAUUGAAAUUCUAUGACCAUGGAGACUAACAUGGGGUCAAUCAGACACAGUACUCUAAAUAUUAAUCAUGACAUUAGAAAGAAACAUUCUUCCAGAAUACAAUGCUAGUGAGGGGUCAGCCAUGACAACUAAAACUGCUGUAUUAGAUGUCCCCAAAAAGGAUGAACCUAUUAAUAGCCGGAACAGUCCAAGUACUCUCAAUGUACUUACCACCAGUACAGACUUGGAGUUUUCCAAUAGCAUGCUACAGCUGGAGCACCUCAGCCUUACCGACAAGUCCUCCUCCAGCAGUACACCCACAGCUUCACCAAAGUCAGCACCUGUAACACCUACACAUGACACUACUAAUGGAGUUGAUGUGGGCUACCGAGAUGGUAACCAACGCAGCUUCUUCGAAGGGUUGCUUGGGUGUCUGCGUCCUGUGUGGACAAUUAUCGGGAAGGCAGCCGCUGCUGAAUUUAAACAGCAAGAUGACUGGGAAACUCCAUUUGAGAAUAUCACUGAUCUUCAAUGGCUUGGCAGUGGAGCCCAAGGGGCUGUGUUUUUGGGCAAACUCAAUUCAGAAGAAGUUGCUGUUAAAAAAGUCAGAGAUGUUAAAGAAACAGACAUUAAAAAUCUACGGAAAUUAAAUCAUCCUAAUAUUAUUUCGUUUAAAGGAGUUUGUACCCAAGCACCAUGUUUCUGUAUUAUAAUGGAGUACUGUCCUUAUGGGCAACUUUAUGAAAUUCUACGUGAUGGAAAAGAAAUUCCCCCAGCACUUAUUUUAGAUUGGUCUAAGCAAAUUGCAAGUGGCAUGAAUUACCUUCAUUCUCAUAAAAUCAUCCACAGAGAUUUAAAGUCACCCAAUGUUCUUGUUGCAAAGAAUGAUGUUGUGAAAAUCUCAGAUUUUGGAACCAGCCGAGAAUGGAAUGAGAAAAGUACAAAAAUGUCCUUUGCAGGCACUGUUGCUUGGAUGGCCCCUGAGGUUAUAAGAAAUGAGCCUUGUUCAGAGAAAGUUGAUAUUUGGUCAUUUGGUGUUGUUUUAUGGGAGUUACUGACUGGAGAAAUUCCCUACAGAGAUGUUGAUUCCUCUGCAAUUAUUUGGGGAGUCGGGAGCAACAGCUUGCAUUUACCUGUGCCAUCUACUUGUCCAGAAGGUUUCCAACAAUUAUUGAAACAGUGUUGGAAAGCCAAGGCUCGUAACCGUAUGUCUUUCCGGCAAAUUUUGAUGCAUCUAGAAAUUGCCUCACCAGAACUGUUGAAUUUUAAUAGAGAUGAUUUCAAAGAAGCUCAGAUAUUCUGGAGAGAAGAAAUAGCUGAGCAACUACAAAAGUUCCGCAGUAAAGGGUCACAUAUACCUCAACUUGAGGAAGAUUUAGUUCGACGGCGGAAAGAAGAAUUAAGACAUGCUCAGGAUGUUCGUGAACAUUAUGAAAGGAAAUUGGAACGAGCCAACAAUUUAUAUAUGGAACUUACAGCUUGUAUGCUACAACUUGAAAAACGAGAACGAGAACUCAUCAAGAGAGAGCAACAACUGGCAAUAUAUGCUAAGCGGAGGAAGAGUAUUAUCAGACCUGUGAUCAAAGCACAAGAACGUCUUGAAAGACUGGGCAAGAAACGAGCAUAUAAGUCAGGAUCAGAACCCACAAGUCCUGAUAGCCAGAAUAAAGAAGGCGCUAUGACUACUAGUUCAGAACAGGUCCUUCCAUCACCAACUAAAGUUCGAGUCCGCAAAAGUCGUCACCGACGUAAUAACAGCAAAGGAUCUAUCACCACGACUACCUCAAGUCCAAAUAAGAGUCCAACUACAGCUAAAAGUCCCACUAAAGAUGCUCUGCAUGAAGAGCUGCAAUCAAAACCAGUUACCCUGCGCCAUGUUGAUCGUUCGGAAGUGAGUCCAACCACUUAUAAAUACUUAGGGCCUAAUAUGUCCCUUCGAGAUAGUCAAUCAUCAAUUUGUAAUGAGUCUAUAGUGAAUACCCUCAUUGUUAAUCACAAUCUUGAAACUCACAAUCUAAAUGAUGUCUGUUUUUGUUCUGACGGCUGCAGCGAUGCUGCAACUUACUGCAGCAGUAAAAGAUCUAGUCGAGCUAGUGCAGAUGUUGAGAGCACAUGUGACUCCCCCUGUCACAGUCCUACCCAUACAGGUUGUAGUAGAGAUCUCCAUAGUCUGAAACCCUUACUAACUACUAUUGAAGAUGAAAAUAACAAAAAUCAACCCCAACCAACUCGUGAGAGAGAUUCAAAUGAGAACUUGCAUUGUCCAGUUGAGCCAGAUUCUGUUCCUUUAACACACGAUAUGGAACAGCCGACCACCAGUAAUCCUGAGAAUAUACCAGCAAAUGUGUCUUUGAAACGCACAAGAAGUGAUGUUGAGAUUACUCCAAAGAUAAUCGCAAAUUCACGAAAUGAAAGUAGCAUGGAAUCAACUGAAGAAAAUCCUGAAACUGAGCACCACAUGAGGAAUAUUAAGCGUUCUGAGGAUUCCUGGUCUGAGGAAGAAGGAGAAGUUAGUGAGGAUGAUGUUGCACAGAGCAGAACUAGACAAUCUUACUCAACUCUAAGUUCUGAAGGUGCUUUCUCUGAAGAAGAAAACACAAGUGAACAUUCCACACGAUAUACUCCUGAUGGCUUAUUAUCUACAAAUAGUUCUGAAAAUUUACAGAUGGAGCUAGUUCCCUGCAUCUCUGAUGGUCUCUCUGAUAAAGAGCUUAAAAUGAAAGAAAUGAAAAAUCAAGUGUCUUUCUCACCUGAUCGAAUUUAUGAAAAUCAAGAUACAGAUUCUAGCUCCGAUUCUGAUGAAUGCUCUGAUAUAACUGUCUCAACAACUGUGCAUCGUUCUCGGUCUUUUGAAACAAGUGCUUGGUAAGCACUGCAAAUACAGAUACAGGCAGAUGUUUAUCAGGCUGCUUCAUGGAAUAAUGAUACAGGUCUAAAAAAUCUUGGUGGACGUUAUGCUUUACUGAGUCUGUUACAAAAGCAGAUCACUGUCAGAUAAAAUAUUUCCCUCAUUUGUUUUUAAAAUUUUUUUUUUUUCUUCAGUACAUCCUUUAUCUCUUUCUACUCUUAUUCAUGUUUUAUAAUAAACAUGUAAGAACUGCUUCUUAUCAUCAAAUAGAGGGAUUUAAAACUGUAAAAAAAAAUUAUGGAACAGAAGAUAAAUGACCUGGAAUGAACAUACUGCUCAUAUACUGAAGCAAGUGUUUCAACUACAAAGCUGCAGCCACCUAUCUCUAAUCAAUGAUCUCUUAAUUCUACUGGUUCCUGUAGCAAACAAUUUUAGCCCUCUUCACCUCUAGCACUACUAAAAUCAGGAUUUGAACCCUAAUUCUUCUAUGCUGUAAAAGUUUCAGACUCACUUUAGAAAAAAAAAUUAAAAGAGAAAAAAAGAAAAACCUCUCUAGUAGACCUUCCUUCUCAGUUCUGCUCUUUGUUUAAUCUCAAAUUCAUUGGAAGAAUAUUCGUUCAGGAAAAAAUAUAUAUAUCCUAAAUUUAAAUUAAAUUCUUGAAUUUAUUAAUGUAAAAUGAACAGUAAAAGAGAGAUGGACAGAUAGACAAAGAGAGAGGGAAGGUGAGAGAAAAAAGAAAAAGAAGAGAAGAACUAAAAGAUCUCUGAACAUAUAUACAUACAUACAUGUAUUUGCCCUCUACAGAUGUGUAUAUGAAUUUAUACAAGCUCACAUACAUAUAAAUAGGCAUACAUAUUUUUCAUGUAUAUACAUUUUUCGAUGUAUGUAUGCAGCUAUAUAUAAAGUUACAUAGAAAUGAACAUGUGUGUAUGUAUUUAGAUAAAAGAUAUACAUAUUUACACUCUUUUGUAUAUAUGUGUAUAAUCAUAUGCAUACAUAUAUAUGUGUAAAUGUGUGUGCAUGUGAGUGUGUGGAUUGUGUGUCUGUGGGUGUAUAGUCAUACAUAAACAUAUAUGAGCAUAAAUGCUACGAAAUAAAGUGUCAGGCUGAUUUCCAAGAUGUUUUUAUGCAGACUGUAUCUAAAAAGUUUCAGCAGUGCACCUUACAUUAUGAGAAAUCAAGAAAGUAACCUCCAGAGGUUAAACGAAAUACUUAAAAAAAAAAAAAAAAGAAUACGAAAAAAAAAAGCAAAACAAAACAAAUCUCUCUUGGCCUCUUACAGAUUCACAAUUCUGAUUUAACCCUUUUCCACUGCAAAUUGUUUUGUUUGGUUGCUAUUUUGUUUAUUUAUUUUUUUUUUAUCUACUGUUGACAUGGUGCCUGCAAACUGGACUAUAUAUUUAAAAAAAAAAGGUAAAAUAAAAACAAAAAAAAUGAAAAAAAAACGCAAAAAAUUUAAUAA